UUCGAAACCAACUCACCUCUCGCCCCAUCCACCUCUCCUGCCACUCCUGCCACCUUCAAACUGCCUGUAGACGCAACCAAGGUAGAUUUUCAAGCUACACAGCACAUCUCUGGUUGAACAGCUUACAUCAUGGCGUCGUGGUUCGGUGCCGGCUCAUCGGCCAUGGAUGAACAGGUCGAGCGAGCAACUUCAAGUAGCUUGGAGGACAUUGCUCUCAACCUCGAGAUCACUGACUUGAUCCGAAGCAAGACCAUCCCUCCCAAAGAGGCCAUGCGCUCGCUGAAACGGAGGAUCGGCAACAAGAAUCCAAACAUCCAACUGGCCGCCCUCAACCUGACCGACACUUGCGUCAAGAACGGUGGAGAGCACUUUAUCCAGGAGAUUGCCUCGCGCGAGUUUAUGGACAACCUGGUCUCGUUUGUCAACACUCCACUGAACGAAGAAGUCAAGACGAGGAUCCUUGACCUUGUCCAAUCCUGGGCUACUGCCGCUACAGGCCGCUCCUCGCUUGGCUACAUUGACGAAACAUAUCGCUCCUUGCAGAGAGAGGGCUUCCGCUUCCCGCCCAAGACCGACGUCGCUGCUACAAUGUUCGACAGUAGUGCUCCACCGGAAUGGGCAGACUCGGACGUCUGCAUGCGCUGUCGAGAACGCUUCACCUUUACCAACCGCAAGCACCACUGUCGAAACUGCGGAAAUGUCUUCUGCGGACAAUGUUCGUCCAAGUCGAUCCCUCUACCACACCUCGGUAUCCUCACACCAGUCCGCGUCGACGAUGGUUGUUUCGCCAGAAUUACCGAAAAGUCGUCCCGCACCGCUCCUUUCCCAGUCUACGCCACGAAACCUCCACAUGCCGGCCGUAUGCAGGCACGCGAUCCUCGUGUCGCCGAAGACUCAUUUGAUGCCGACCUCAAGCGAGCGCUGGAAAUGAGCUUGGAAGACUCAAGGGGUCAAUCUGGUGCCGGCUACGUACCACAAUCACAAAUGACGACACCAAAGCCUGUCCAAAAGGCACCCCCACCGAAGAAAGAGGAAGAAGAUGAUCCGGAGCUGGCAGCAGCCAUUGCAGCAUCUUUGGCCGACAUGGAGGAACAAAAGAAGAAACACUUGGCUAGCUUCAAGCAACAACAGCAAAGAUCGAGCACUCCCAGCGUCUACGUGCCAAAGACGAACCACGAACUCACCGCUGUCGAGGCCGAGAAUAUCAAUCUGUUUGCAACUCUGGUCGAUCGUCUGCAACAUCAGCCACCAGGUGCCAUCCUCCGCGAACCCCAACUUCAAGAGCUGUACGAAAGUAUUGGGUCGCUGAGGCCUAAGCUGGCAAGGACUUAUGGAGAGACUAUGAGCAAGCACGACACACUACUUGACAUACACUCCAAAAUGGCCACUGUUGUGAGAUACUACGACCGCAUGUUGGAAGAGCGCUUGUCCAGCACAUACAACCAAAGCCGUUACGGCGUCGUCCCUCGUCCUCAAUCCAACAUGUAUCCUUCGUUGUCCAGUGGCGUCGGUGCGCCGCCUAGUGUUCCCAUGGGUGGUGUCGAGAGUUACUACAACAGCUCAGCUCCGACCAUGGAUUCCCACGUCUACACUCAAAGCCCGUACCCAUCCUUCAACCAGCAUCAACAAUAUGCUCAACAGCCUUACCCACAACAAGCUCCCCCCGAAGCUGCCUACCAACAACAAUACUCUCAAUACCCUCCACAAGGCCAGCCUCAACAACAACAACAACAACCUCAACCUCCCAGCACUCCUCAUCAACAUCAACAACCAUAUGCUCAGCCAAAUCAGCAAUACGCCCCUCCCUCUCAACAAAACCCAGUCUCACCACCUGACCACCAACACUCUUACGCUGAAGUAUCCGCUCCCCAACCCGUCAGUCCAGAGUCAUACACCCAACCUCCUCAACAACAUCAACAACCUCCACCUCAAUAUCAGCAACCCUAUCAACAACAACCUCCACCUCAGCAACAGCAGCAAUUCUCGCAACCCCAAGCUCAGCCUCAGCAGCAGCAAUGGCCUCAAGCACCCUCGACGCACGGCGGUUAUGGUCAAGAGAGCUUUCCUC